AUGGGCUAUACUCGAUUGCGAAAGCGAUAUGUAGACGCAGCUUCGCGUGCACGCAAAGGUCGUAUGCGACAACAGCACGAAGAUGUCCCAGAGCAGACCGAGGUACUGGAUCUGACACUGUCAGAUGAAGACGACGAGCCGCACGACAAGGACACAACAACUUGGCAAGGCGGUGUGUCGCAUCAUCUGAAUGAGUGGUCAGACACGGAGUGGGAGUGGGAAGAUGAUAAGAAAGAUGAGGAAGAAAGCGGGGAAGAAGACGAGGUCGAGGUCAUCAGCGAUGGUACAGAGACUUUGGAAUGUCUGAAGCAUCAAAUGCAAGUGGAAAUGAAUGCGAUUAAGCAGCUCACCUGGAAGGACUUGGGUCUCAUGCAGACGCGGAGCAAGCAGGAGUGGCGGGACUUGACGAAGAAAACUUUGGGCGGUGUUAUUCGGACAAAGGGUGAGCCAGCAGACAGCACCCAACGGCGGCAUCGGCAACUCGAGCGCGAGGCUGACAUAACAGCAACAAGCAGCAGAAAAAGUAAUUCAGCCAACUCAUUUCGCAAUUUCUUUGGAAAGAAAUAUACCCCAGCAGCCGAGCCUCCCGCUCCUGCGCCUUCCCAAGUACCUGCCUUAUCUCUCCCUCCUCUGCCAAUAAAUCUCUCGUCGCUGGGUCUUCCGCCGAAUGCACUGAAGGCAUUGCAAGCACAAUAUAGGCGCUUUUCGACCACAACCGCCACUGGGUCUGGCUCAUCUGUACCGUCUUCCACGACAGCGCCAUCCCCAACGAGUUCUGUUGAGCUUCUCGACUCUCCUCCCGUGCAAACUCCCGGCGUGCUGGACGAUGAUGCUGACAUCUUUAUGGGAGGAUACGUGUCUGAUUUCGAUGAAGAAGAAUCAGAGAGAGAGGCGAGUGACGACGACGACGACACACCUUCUGAGAUUCCACGAGUCUCAAGCACUGCUCCACCCCGAAAACGUCAGAAACUUGCUAUCCCUGCCCGAGAAAUGCGACGCAGAGCAAAAAAGGCCAAAGUCGAGCGUUUUCAAGAGGGCUUGACACGGAUUAGCAAGCUGAUUGUGUCGAAGAGGACAGAGUUUGCAGGGGGGCUGCAUGGUCUGCAGUCAACGCGAGCCCGUGCCAUCGAGAGCUGCUUGCGAAUGGUGUUGGAUAGUGGUCGCACAUUGACAGAUGCGUCAAUGCGGUCAGCGGAGAGUCACGGAUUUGCUGCCGAUUGGGGAGGCCGACUUCUCCGUAUCUGGAUUCGCAUAUGGUUGGAUCAAGGCUCGCUACCGUUGUCAGCUCGAGGGUGUCAUGCGAAGACACUGAGCAUUCUCGAUGACCCAAUAUACCGCGACGAAAUUCUCUCGUAUCUCCGUUCUCACAAAUGGGCCACAAACCCCGAGAAGUUCUCUGCCUUCAUCCAGUCCAACCUCAUCACAACUGAGUCCCAGAAGUAUCUGCGUGAACUCAUGGAGGAUGAGAUUCCAAAAGCCUUUCGGAAGUAUGUCAUCAACACACUUUUUCCACGAAUAGGCGUCAAGGUUGGGCAUGGCUGUACGAUUUCGUUGAGAACGGCACGCGAAUGGCUGGCCAAGUUUGGUUGGAAAUAUCAGGAGCACAAGAAGGCACUGUAUUAUGAUGGACACGAGCGUCCAGACGUUGUUGCCUAUCGCCAAGAUGUCUUCAUUCCCAAGAUGCUUGAAUUCAAGAAAAGACUUGUCGAGUAUGUUGUUGGGGAUGUCGAGCGACAGGUUGAGAAGCAAGAGGUGGGACCAGAUGGCAGGAUGCUGGUCUUGGUACCGCAUGAUGAAGUAACUGCACAAGCAAACGAUGGUCAGAAGAUGAGCUGGGGACCAGAGGGAGAACAACCAUUACGAAAGAAAGGGAAGGGAAGGGGAUUGCAUUAUAGUGGGGUCAUUUGUUCCACGUUUGGACAUCUGAAAGAGGCGGGAGAGAUAAUGGAAUAUGGCAAAAAUUAUGAAGGGUACUGGAAUGGCGAGCGGUUUGUCAAGCAGCUCAAGGAAAAAAUCAUUCCUGCCUUCGAGAAAGCACAUGGCCCACGAUAUCAAGCUCUAUUUCUCAUCGACAACUCCCAAGGGCACUCGGCUUAUAGCGAGGAUGCUCUUCUCCCUCAGCGGAUGAACCUCAAUCCAGGUGGAAAGCAAGCACGAAUGCGGAAUGGGUGGUACACAGUGAACGGCCGCAAAGUGAUUCAGCCGAUGAACUAUCCAAACACACAUCCAAAUUCAGCACUGCGUGGGGUCCAAAAGGGAAUGAAGGCGGUUUUGGAAGAGCGAGGCAAAUGGCGUCAUGGGCUUCUGCGUGAAUGCAGCCCCCCUGCACCAUAUGCCGACUGGGGUCAUCAUUUUGGUCUACUGCAUGUUAUUUUUCUACUUUUCUCUACCCCAACCUUGUUAUCAGGCACAUUUAUCCCACUUCCGGGCAUCCUGAAGGCCAUGCAGAAAUUCAUUUGGUCUACAAUGCUGCCUUCAUGUUCCAGUCACCCUUUAACAUUCAACAGAGAUGGCAACUCUCGGUUUAAUCUCGAUGGCCUCACAACUACCGUCUGGCAUUCGGAUUUCUCUUUUGAGCUCCAGCCUCCCGGUGGUGACACCCUUUAUUCGUCGCAAGUUCUCAACUUCCGGUCUCUAUCCCCAAUCAUGAGAGAUUUCUUGCGUACGCUUAAGGCAACCCAUUCUGGCUUCGAUUCUCUACGAUCUACUAAGGGUGGUGUUCUUCGUCGAGAUGCUAUCGAAACAAUUCAUCCCGUUGUUCGCUGCCAUCUGGUCACUGGGGAAGAAGCGCUCUAUGUCAACAAGCAGUUCACUCAUCGGAUCGCUGGUAUGAAGGAGGAAUCUGACUUGCUGCUGAACUUCCUCUACGACCAUAUCGCAAAAUCGGGAGAUCAUCAAGCUCGUAUCAAGUGA